UUUUUUUAUGGCGCGGUUUGCUAGCGAUUACUUGGACUGUUGUGAAUAUUGUGUAAAUGUGCUUUUUCAUGUUUAAUUGAUAUGCUAAGAUUUAUUUAAUCAAAUAUGAUCGGAAAUGAUAUUACGAAAUGGUCCCAAGAGGAUACUAUCAGAAUUUUAAUAGCAUCUGAUAUCCAUUUAGGUUAUUUGGAAAAUGAUCCCGUUCGCGGCGAAGAUAGUUUUAUCGCAUUUGAAGAAGUUUUGUCUCAUGCCGUUCAGUUUGAUGUGGAUUUGGUGUUGCUCGGAGGCGAUCUAUUUGAUCACGCUAAACCCUCGCCCAGUUGCAUGUUCAAAUGUACGCAGAUAAUACGGAAGUACUGUUUUGGAGACAAACCAGUUGCUUUAGAAUUAUUGUCAGAUCAACUUGAAAAUUUCGCACGUACUGUAAACUAUGAAGAUCCGAAUUUAAAUAUUUCAUAUCCCAUACUUUCCAUUCAUGGAAAUCAUGACGAUCCAGUGGGACAAGGCAGCAUCAGUUCCCUUGAUAUUUUAUCUAUCACCGGUUUAGUGAACUACUUUGGAAAAUGGACUGACUAUACUCAUGUGCGCGUGUCACCCGUCCUUAUGCAGAAAGGUGAAACAAAAUUGGCAUUGUAUGGUCUGAGCCACCUCAAAGACCAACGUUUGUCACAUCUCUUUAAAGAAAAAAAAGUUGAAAUGGAAAGGCCUGAUGAAAGCAAUGAUUGGUUCAAUAUUCUGACUUUACAUCAGAAUAGAGCCGACAGGGGUCCCAGUAAUUAUAUUCGGGAAGAUGUGCUGCCUUCCUUUCUAGACUUGGUUAUAUGGGGUCACGAACACGACUGCCACAUGGAAGAAAUGAAAGGAAGUAAGAGGGAGAGUUUUCAAGUCAUCCAGCCAGGCAGCACGGUGGCCACUUCCCUGGCUGCCGGAGAAGCUCUGCCUAAGCACUGUGCACUAUUGCAGUUACACAAGACUGAUUUUAUAUUAAAUCCCAUAGCUCUUAAGACCGUGCGACCGUUUAUUUUUAAGACACUGGUAUUAUCUGAAGAAAAUCUCGGCGAAGAAGAGGUUAAUGAAAAUGAAAAAGUGCAAGAGUUUCUCAAAGGGAAAGUCAACGAAGCGGUAGAAGAAGCAAACAAACUAAGGAGCGGAGACCCCGCUCAGCCUAAACUGCCGCUCGUUAGAUUGAGUGUGUUUUAUGAACGCGACGGACAAGAUUUCAAUAGAGUUAGAUUCGGACAGAAUUUUAACGGAACAGUCGCAAACCCUAACGAUGUACUCAUCAUGAAAAGAGAAAAGAAACCGAGAGACCGGAAAGACAAUAUCAAAUCCGAGGAAGCGGACAUCGCCAGCGUCGCCGCCGACGCAGUGGACGUGGAGUCACUGCUUUACGCGUAUUUCGAGGCGCUGCCGGCCGACAAGCGGCUCUCCGUGCUGUCCGUCCGAGCUCUCACCGACGCCGUGCGCGACUUCACGCUCAAGAACGACGACGAGGUGUUCCGGCGCGUGUUCGACGCGCACAAGCGACGCUGCGUCCACGCGCUGAUGGAGUCCAACGCCGAGACGGAGGAGGAGGUGCACGAGCGCCUGCGCGUCUGCAAGGAGGAGCUGGACGCCGCCGACGGCGACAAGCUCGGCGCGCUGCUGGACGCGGCGCCCAAGCGCGCGCCCGCUCCCAAACCCUCGCCGGCCUCCAAGCGAGGUGGCGGCGGGGUGGUCGUGCUCUCCAGCGACGACGAGGAGCCCCUCGCCGAGUUGUCGGCGCCGGCGCCGGCGCCCCGCGGGCGGGGUCGGGGCUCGCGCGGCCCCCGGGGCGGGCGCGGGUCGCGGGGCGGGCGGGGCCGCGCGCGCGAUCCGGACCCGUCGCCGCCGGAGCCGGUGGAGCGCCGCACGCCGCGCCGGACGGCCGCGCAGAAGUCCGCCAACUGGCUGCAGAGCUUGACGCAGAACCGCCGUCGCCGCGCCUCCUCCGAAAUCGACGACUCGGACUGAUGUCGAUCCUAGGUCGAUAUUUAAACUGGGGUCCGAUUGUGUGACUUCUUUGUUUCCUGCGACCCCAUAAUGUUAAAGUUGGGAAAGAGAUUUAUAGCUUUGACAAGUCAGAA